UCUGAACACGGUAUCUCCGUAGUGGUGGUUUCUUUCUUCACUCUCUAAACCCCGUCUAGAAACAUUUCAUUUUCUCUCUCUAGAAUUUCUCGCUCUAAAACCUUGAAUUCGAAACUUAACCUUGGAACAAUGCUCCUCAAAACAUUCCAAUUCCUAGCACGGUCUUCUAGGUUUCGUUAAUUUCUCUGAAAUCAUUCUCACAUUGAAACUGUGUUGGUGAUUUUGCUUUGAAGCUUACACGGGAAUUUGCUUGGUCUUUGCUGUAACUGUAAGAUUUUACGGUUAAGAAUUGAAUGGGUAUUUUGUGCGGUUGUUUUUUCCUUCGGUUUACUUCAGGUUUAUGGUUUUUGUAGAGUUAGGGUUUCGUGAGAAAUGAGAGAAGGUUUGAGAUCUUGGACUCGGUCAGGGAAGGUUUCCAGUGAUGGAAAGGUUGUUCAUAAGGGAAGGGUUUGUGUGAAGAAUGCUAGUGAUAGUUUUGUUUUGGGUGAUGAGGGUUUCCAGGCACCUUUGUUGAUUGAGAAGAAAGACAAUGAUAAUUUGGUUUCGUGUGAUGAGGGUUUAGAAGCACCUACCUUGUUGAUUGAGAAGAAAGACGAGGAUUUAGUUUCCGGGGAUGAUGGUUUACCUACCUCGUUGAUUGAGAAGAAAGACGAGGAUUUAGUUUCGGGGGAUGAGGGUUUAGAGGCACCUACCCCGUUGAUUGAGAAGAAAGACGAGGAUUUAGUUUCGGGGGGUGAGGGUUUAGAGGCACCUACCUUGUUGAUUGAGAAGAAAGACGAGGUUUUAGUUUCGGGGGAUGAGGGUUUAGAGGCACCUACCUCGAUGAUUCAGAAGGAAGACAAGGUUGAAUGUGCUGGUGAAGUUGACUGUGUUGGCGAAGUUGAAUGUGCUGUGAAAAAAACACUUGACUUGGAUUUGAAUGCCAGUCCAAGUGUAGAUAUUGACUUAGCUGAGAAUGAGAGCUGUUUGGAUUUAAAGUUGAACAUGAGUGGAAAUGUUGACUUAGCUGAGAAUGUGAACAGUAGCCCUAGGAGUUGUUUAAAAGAUGGUGGUAUUAAUGUAGAAGCUGAGGAUGAUUGGGAGGAGAGUGAAGGGUUGAGUGGGGCUAGAGUAUUGCGGUUAAGGUUAAAGAGGGAAGACGACAAAAAAUCUGAUAAUGGAGGGAAUGACGUUGCUGGGAAUAUUGGAGAACCUGGUGGGUUUGACGAGCUUAAAGAAGCUGAUGGGAUUUUGACUGAUGGUAACGAGAUUGAAGGAGUUAAGGUGAAAAUGGGAGGGAAAGGCAAGAGGAAAUUGAAACGGAAGCGUGGGAGGCCUCCGAAAACGGAGAUAAAAGAGAAAGAUGAAUUUGUUUACCAGCACCAGCCACCGCGUAAGGUUGGGAGGCCUCCAAAAACCGUGAUAAAAGAGAGAGGUGAAUUAGUAGAUCAGCCACUACGUAGGGUUGGGAGGCCUCCGAAAACAAAGAUAAAAGAGAAAGAUGAAUUAGUUAAUCAGCCACCUCGUAGGGUUGGGAGGCCUCGGAAAACAGAGAUAAAAGAGAAAGGUCAAUUAGUUGAUCAGCCACUGAGUAAGCUUGGGAGGCCUCUCAAAGAAGUUAUAAAAGAGGAUGAUCAGUUAGUUCAGUCACCACGUAAGCGUGGAAGACCUCCCAAGACCGACCAACAAAAGUAUCCCAUUACUGUGUCACAUAAUAGUAAAGGAAAGGCAAGCCAUGAAAAUGGGAAAAAAGUUUCCAGUAAAAAGUUUAAAAAGAAGAGGACAUCAAAUACUGUGAAUGCACCUGCUGCUAAACAAAGAAAAAGACGUGAACAAAAGCAGUUGGUGAGUAAUCAAAUAAUGGCAUGUCUCUCGGAUGCAGGAUGGACUGUUGAUCAUAGACCUAGAAAAAGCGGAAGAGAUUAUUUUGAUGCAGUAUAUGUUUCUCUGGAUGGAAAAACACAUUGGUCAAUUACCUUGGCGUACAAGAGGCUUAAAGAGCGUUAUGAAGCAGGGGAUGGUGAAGGUAAGCUGUACAGACCAGGGUUCAAAUUUACACCAAUACCAGAGGAAGAUUUCAAGUUACUGACUAGAGUAGUUACCAAGAAAAGAUGUUCAGUUAAAUGUGUGCCAUUUGAAGGGAAGGUUGGAAAGAAUGUUGAUGGGGUCAAUCGAAAAGAGAAAAAAAUAAAACCAGGUUCUGGUGCAGGCAAGGGUAAGUCAGUGAAAGGGAAAAUGAAAAGGAAACGAUCACUUGCCGAGGAUGGCGAUACAGAUUUUAAAUCACCUAACAGGCUGCCGGUUCUGGUCAGGGAUCGUAAGCGGCACAAAACACAGAACAAGACGCGAGGUGCUCUGUUGGUUCGUGAUGCUACGGAAGAGGUAGAUUCAGAAAUUAACGGAUAUGUGCCAUACAGUGGAAAACGAACUAUACUUGCCUGGAUGAUUGAUUUGGGCACAAUCCCUCAAAAUGGGAAGGUCUAUUAUAUGCAAGACAAGUUGGAAAUUGCUCCAUUGGAAGGUAAGAUCACAGGAGAUGGUAUUCACUGUGGCUGCUGUAAUUCAAUCAUAACAGUUUCAGACUUUGGAGUUCAUGCAAAAAGCAAACAAUCUGAUCCUCUUAAAAAUAUAUAUACGGAGGAUGAAACUUCACUCCUACAGUGCCUGCUAGAUUCAUGGAAUAAACAAGAUGAAUCUGAACGUAAAAGUUUUCAUUUUGUUGAUGUUGCGGGUGAAGAUCCUAAUGAUGAUACAUGUGGUAUUUGCGGAGAUGGUGGAGACCUGAUGUGCUGUGAUGGUUGCCCGUCAACGUUCCAUAAAAGCUGUUUGGAUAUAAAAAAGUUUCCAUCUGGUGACUGGCACUGCAUUUACUGUUGUUGCAAAUUUUGUGGUUUGGUUGGUGGAAGUUCAAACCGAAGUGUUGUCAAUGACGAGUUUACUCUGCCUGCAUUGCUCACAUGCCAUUUAUGUGAGGAAAAAUUUCACAAAUCCUGUAUUGAGGCAAAUGGUGGUAAGACUGAUGAUUCCGGGGAUGCUGUAUUUUGCGGAAACAAAUGUCAAGAGUUAUCUGAGGGACUUGAAAGGCUUCUUGGGGUUAAACAUGAAAUUGAAGAUGGGUUUUCUUGGUCUUUUAUUUGGCGAUCAGAUGUUGGCGUUGAUGCUUCUCUGACAAAACCUCAGCUGGUAGAGUGUAAUUCUAAGCUGGCUGUUGCAUUAUCAAUAAUGAAUGAGUGCUUUAUGCCAUUUAUUGAUCAUAGAAGCGGGACCAAUCUGAUCCACAGUAUUGUAUAUAAUUGUGGGUCAAACUUCAAGCGCCUGAACUAUAGUGGGUUUAUUACUGCGUUUCUAGAGAGAGGUGAUGAGAUCAUAUGUGUUGCAUCUAUCAGGAUCCAUGGGAACCAACUUGCAGAGAUGCCAUUCAUUGGAACCCGCUAUAUGUAUAGGCGACAAGGAAUGUGCCGUCGGCUUCUAAAUGCCAUCGAAUGGGCACUCGAUUCUUUACAUGUUGAGUUAUUAAUCAUACCAGCUAUAUCAGAACUCAAAGAAACCUGGACCUCUGUUUUUGGGUUUGAGCCACUUGAUCAAACAAGCAAGCAAAUAACAAAGAGCAUGAAUCUGUUGGUGUUCCCUCACGUAGAUAUGCUACAGAAGAAGAUAUCAAAGCAUGAAUUUACUAAUGAAAAUUUGAUUCCUACUGAAGUUUCCAAUCAUAUGAAGAAUCAUACUACAUGCAAGGUAGCAAAUCGGGACGGGAAAGACUCAACUGGAUCUGAUUGUUGCAAGAAAAUUGACAUCUCAUUGAAUAACACACCUGACAUUACUAGCGACGUACAGAACAUUAAAUCUACAAAAGAUGUCACAUCUCCAGAUGCAUGUCAGACUGUUCAUGGACAAUUGGUUGUGGACAACAAAAGCACUGAAAAUGCCGGUGAGCGUGUGGCUGAUUCUUGUUGCCAAGUUGGAGAUUACGAUGGUGCACUGUUGGAGGUUACUGAAAAUUGUUCAAACAAGGUCAAAGUAACAACUGACGUUGGUUUAAAUAACAUCAGUGCUGAAAAAUCUGCACUCUCAGGGGCAGAAAAUAUUCCUAUUGACUCACAAGUUGUGUUUAGGACAAGGGAAUCAAAAUAUUCUGCUGAGAGUAACCAUGAUUCACACAGGAUUUCUGACAGUUGUGAACUGAGAUUUAAGACCGACUGUGCUCAAUCAGACGGUAUUGCAUCAGAAGAAGUACAUACUCAAUUCGACAAUGGUUGCAGCACUCAUUCUGUACCAGAUGGUGAUAUUGCCUCUGGUGUAGCAGGUCUCCUAACCAACAUCUUGAUGAACACUGAAUCGCAGAAUAUUACCCAAGAUUUGCCUGUUAGUUGUGAGAACAAUUCAAGUGUUAGUGUGCCAAAUGCUGAUGAAGCAGAACUAUGUUAUUCCAAAACCAUUGAUCUCCAAACAAACAAAAAUCCUGGAGAUUGUCAAUCUAUACUAGUGUCUUCCGGUAUUUGUAAGAAAAUUGCAGAUGGUGUCAAUGAGACGAAUAAAGCAUCCAGUGAAGCUGAUACUGUUUUUCUUCCUGCUGAUAUUGAAGUAAUUCUUGAUGAUAAACCUGGUUCUCAUUCUAGAUCCAAUGGUCGUAGUGUCUCCAACGAAGCAGGUCUCACAACUAACGUUUUGAUGCAUCUUGAAUCGCAGAAUAUUACCAAACAUUUUCCUGUUAAUUGUGAAAACAAUUCUAGUGGUCAUGGUUCGCCAAAUGCUGAUGAAUCCGAACUAUGUUCUUCCAAAACAAUUGAUCUCCAGACAAACAAAAUUCCUAGAUAUUGCCAAUCCAUACUAGAAUCUUCAGCUGUUUGUGAGAAAAUUGCAGAUGGUGUCAGAGAGAGGAAUAAAAAGCCCAGUGCUGCUGAUGCCGAUGAUCUUCCAAUUGAUAUUGAAGUUGUUCCCAAUAACAAGCCUGAGAUAAAGGAGUCUUCAGAGCCAGUGAAGCCUGAUUUGCGGGUUGAUCAAACUGAACAGAGUGAAACUAACAUUUCUUCAGGUGCGGCUCUGCACUGUACAUCUGCUGGCAGUACUUCAUGUGGUAGUGCUGACGGCUUAGUCUGUCAAAUCAAGACAGCUGAGUAGGGAAAUAUAGCAACACAUUCUUGAAAGGAUCACAGGUAUGACCUUGAUCUUUAACUCAGGAGGUGUGUCCCCCAAUUAAUACGGCGAGAUUUGCAUUUUUUGCAAAGUAUUCUGUAAAAAAUUUGUUAGAAUAGGGUGAUCUUACAUUUAGAUAAAGAUUUCUGGAGGAUAUCUCCUUUUUUUUGGAGGAUGGAUGAGUUAACGGAGGAACAACACAUGACGCGAUGACACAAGGCUCAUGUAUUUUGUUGCUCACAUGGUUAUUGCCAUUUGGAUGUGAAUGGAGUAGAACAAUGCUUUUGUUAUACUUGUUGCUUAUACUUUUUCCCUUUUAGGUUUUGCAUAGAAUUCUUCAUUAUCAACUUAGUUAGGUGGUAGAAAAUUAGACAUUGUCAUGAAAAAUUAAGCAAUGAUCUUGUACCCUAAUUGGCAGUGGUAACUGGAAAGUUGAAAUUUGAGUUUAGUUAUUUUUCUA